AUAUCCUAAAGUCUCUCUCAAGCAAUCCUUGCUUCUAUCAGAGUUCAGCUCAAUUUAGUUCUUCCAUCAGAAAUGGCGGACGCUAAUUGAUUGAAGCCUCGCAAAUUCUCGGUGUCUCGUUGUUGAUUGUGUUUUUGGGCGUUGAACUUCUCGCUCGAUUGCAUUUGUUGAGAAUUUCUCUAUGGUUAUGGUGGCAGUGUCACUCGGUGGCUGUACGUUCUUCAUUUUUUCUUAGUGGUUAUUUUUACGGCGGUUCCGGUUGAGUUAGCUGUGUUUUUCAACGACGAGGAAGUUAGAUGGCGGUGCGAAGUGCCUUGAUUCAUCACUUGAUGAGUUUGACUCUGACGAUUCAUCUAUUGGCUGUCUCCGGCGAGUUUUUCAAGCCUUUUAAUGUGAGCUACGAUCAUAGGGCUCUGAUCAUUGAUGGAAAGCGCCGCAUGCUUAUUUCUGCCGGUGUUCAUUAUCCUCGCGCUACUCCAGAGAUGUGGCCUGGUAUAAUUGAAAAGAGCAAGGAAGGUGGGGCGGAUGUCAUUCAGAGUUACGUGUUUUGGAAUGGGCAUGAACCAACGAAGGGACAGUAUAACUUUGAUGGCAGAUAUGACCUCGUUAAAUUUAUAAGACUGAUAGGAUCCAGUGGCCUCUACCUUCAUUUACGCAUUGGACCUUACGUGUGUGCAGAGUGGAAUUUUGGGGGUUUUCCUUUGUGGUUGCGCGAUGUACCUGGAAUUGAAUUUCGAACAGACAAUGCUCCUUUCAAGGAGGAGAUGCAGCGAUUCGUCAAAAAGAUCGUAGAUCUUUUGCGCGAUGAAAAGCUAUUUUGUUGGCAAGGUGGUCCUGUCAUCAUGUUGCAGGUUGAAAAUGAAUAUGGAAAUAUUGAAAGCUCAUAUGGAAAAAGAGGACAGGAGUAUAUUAAAUGGGUUGCCAACAUGGCUUUAGGCCUUGGUGCUGAGGUUCCAUGGGUUAUGUGCCAGCAGAAGGAUGCUCCAUCGACCAUUAUAAAUUCAUGCAAUGGUUACUAUUGUGAUGGAUUUAAACCAAAUUCUCCAAGCAAACCCAUAUUCUGGACGGAAAAUUGGGAUGGAUGGUUUACAUCAUGGGGUGAGAGAACACCCCAUAGGCCAGUUGAAGAUCUUGCAUUCUCCGUUGCCCGCUUCUUCCAACGCGAAGGGAGCUUUCAGAAUUAUUAUAUGUACUUUGGUGGAACAAAUUUUGGCCGUACUGCUGGAGGCCCAUUUUAUAUUACUAGCUAUGAUUAUGACUCUCCAAUUGAUGAGUAUGGUUUGCUAAGGGAGCCCAAAUGGGGGCACUUGAAGGAUCUACAUACUGCAUUGAAGCUCUGUGAACCUGCUUUGGUGUCUGCUGACUCACCCCAGUAUAUUAAGCUGGGACCCAAGCAGGAGGCACAUGUUUACCAUAUGAAUUCUCAAACUGAUGACCCAAAACUUUCGGAGCUUAGAAGUCUAAGAAACUGUUCUGCAUUUCUUGCAAACAUUGACGAACAUAAAGCAGUUUCUGUAAAAUUUAAUGGGCAAACUUAUAAGUUACCACCAUGGUCCGUUAGUAUUUUACCAGACUGCCAGAACGUAGUGUUCAACACUGCAAAGGUUGCAGCACAGACUUCCAUCAACGUAUUGGAGUUUUAUGCGCCCCUUUCUGCUAACAUGUCUUUGAAGUUACAUGCUAUGGAUCAGAAUGAACUUUCGAUAAUUGCAAAUUCUUGGAUGACGGUAGAAGAACCAAUCGGCAUCUGGAGUGACACAAGUUUUACUGCCAAGGGUAUGCUGGAGCAAUUAAAUGUUACAAAGGAUCGUUCUGAUUACCUUUGGUAUUUGACCAGGAUACAUGUUUCCAAUGAUGAUAUCACAUUUUGGAAAGAAAGUAACGUAAGCCCAACAGUUACGAUCGAUAGCGUUCGUGAUGUAUUUCGUAUAUUCAUUAAUGGGAAGAUUGCAGGCAGUGCAAUUGGUCAGUGGGUGAAGGUUGUCCAGCCUGUUCAGUUUCUUGAAGGAUACAAUGAUUUGCUGUUGCUAUCUGAGACAGUUGGUUUACAGAAUUCUGGUGCCUUCAUUGAGAAAGAUGGGGCUGGUAUCAGAGGUCGUAUAAAGCUCACUGGAUUCAAAAAUGGAGAUAUCGAUCUCUCAGAGUCUUUAUGGACUUAUCAGGUUGGGCUCAAGGGUGAAUUCUUGAAUUUCUAUUCGUUAGAAGAAAAUGAGAAGGCCGAUUGGACCGAAUUGUCAGUUGAUGCCAUUCCAUCAACAUUCACCUGGUACAAGGGAACCUUCACUCAAGGUUACAAGAAGUAUCUCACUUAGGAUUCAGAUGAUGAAUCAGAUGUCAGCUUGAGUAGCGAAGAUUCUAACCAAGAAGAAGCACUAUCUGAAGAGGAAUUCACACCUGGUCAAUUGGGGGAAGCAUGCACUUUUCUUACAAAAUCAUCAACCUCUUGUAAAUGAUUUACAAAUAUCUCCCUCCAAAAUCCCUUCUAAAUUUUCAUCUUUAGUGGCAGCAUGUGGUUUUCCAGAACAGGAAAUAGCAUCUCCUAGUGAGGUGUCUUGUAAAUAAAGACCGUUUCUUCGGUUGCUAGGGCCUCAUUGAAGCAUCCAAAUUGAUAGCAUUGAGACAUUUCUUACAAAACCAACUUCUAGAAUUAGUAUUGAUCUACAAUUCAUUAAUUCAAUUGGAACUCCAAUGCAAUUUGUAGGAUCUCCUUGGAAGCUUGGUAAAUCAGGAGGUUUCUCACAUUUGUUGGGUGAUAUUCGUUUAUGAGGUUACUAUUUACAGAGAAAAACGUUUCCUUUGGCCGGAAAAUCACAUCUUUUUCUCCUUAAUGGUUGAAACCAUGGUGCAUUGGGGGAGACCACAUCAUUACCAAAAAAUGGGUUGAAAGUUGUGAGAUAAGCGGCCAGAGAAUUGAAUUUAUUCAAUUGGUUUAGGGGGUGUUUAAAAAAAAGAAAGAACAUUUUUCUACAUGGUGUAGCAUAAUGAUGAGCAUUCUUGGUCUUGUUCCCCUUAUUUGGCCCUCGUAUGGACAAUUCGAUUUGAAUUCGCAAAGUUAGUGGAUGAGUAUCUCUAAGUUUUGGAGUCAAUUUGUGUCACUUGCGAUUUUUAGACUUCAGAUUGGAAGGAGAGUAUUAAGCGUUUCUCCCGAAACAAGACACUUAUUCAUAUUGCCCUAGGAUUGCUCGAAUCAAAGUCUUAUCAAGUGCUUCUAUAGCUAAGCACUUUGAUUAUUAUUCACCUUGAGAUUUCUGUUCAACUAAAUUGUUUUUACUUCUUCAGAGCUUUAGUCUCUGUCUUGUAUUAUG